AUGGCGGGAACUGCUAUGCAACUAGACGAAGAAAGUGAUCUUCCAUGGGUCGAAAAAUACCGCCCUAACAGUUUAUCGGACCUUGUAGCUCACGAAGCAAUCAUUUCUACAAUCACUCGUUUUGUUGAAGAGAAGAAGCUUCCUCAUUUACUCUUUUAUGGUCCUCCAGGCACAGGAAAAACAUCCACAAUCUUGGCUGUUGCCAAACAAAUGUAUGGGAAAUAUUUUUCAUCUAUGGCACUAGAACUCAAUGCUUCUGAUGACAGAGGAAUCAAUGUAGUCCGAGAUCAAAUUAAAGCAUUUGCAAGCACACAACAAAUUAUUAGUAAAGGUGUAAAGCUCGUGAUUCUAGAUGAAGCUGACUCUAUGACAAAUGCAGCACAAUUCGCUUUGAGAAGAAUCAUAGAAAAAUAUACGAAAACUACAAGAUUUUGUUUAAUAGGGAACUAUGUAUCGAAAAUUAUCCCAGCAUUGCAAUCAAGAUGCACAAGGUUUCGAUUUAUGCCGCUACCUUAUGAUGUGGCUGCGACUAGAAUUAGAGAAAUUUCUGUUUGUGAAGGGCUGAAUUUGACUGAUGAUGGGUUAAAUGCGCUUUUGGAUUUAGGGCAAGGGGAUAUGAGGAAGAAUUUAAAUAUUUUGCAAAGCACUUCUAUGGCUUUUAAGGUCAUUGACUCAGACGCCGUAUAUUCAUGCACUGGGAACCCUAAUCCUAGACUAAUAGAUAGGCUAUGCGAAAUCCUGCUAUCUAUGAAUUUCACUGAAAUAUAUGCAGAGUUUAAUGAAGACCGAAUUACCUUAGGCUUUGCAUUGAGCGAUAUAAUCAGAGAAAUUCAUAAAAAUAUGAUCAAAAUUGAUUUUCCUGAAAAAAUGAAAAUUUUUUUGAUCAAAAGAAUGUCAGAGAUUGAGAUGAGACUAAGUAGUGGGGCUAGCGAAAAGGUGCAGCUAGGAUCACUUAUUGGUGCAUUUGUAGAGGCAAGGGCACUUCAAUUUUAA